AUGGUGCUCUGGGGUCCAGUGCUGGGAGUCCUGCUGGUGGCCAUUGUGGGAUACCUGUGCCUGCAGGGGCUGCUCCGGCAACGAAGACCUGAGGAGCCCCCUCUGGAUAAGGGUUCCGUGCCCUGGCUGGGUCAUGCCAUGACUUUCCGGAAGAAUAUGUUGGAAUUCCUGAAGCACAUGUGGGCCAGACACGGGGACAUAUUCACCGUGCAGCUAGGCGGCCAGUACUUCACCUUUGUCAUGGACCCUCUUUCCUUUGGCCCCAUCCUCAAGGAUGCGAAGAGAAAACUAGACUUUGUGGAGUAUGCAGAAAAACUGGUGCUGAAGGUAUUUGGCUACCGCUCCAUGCAGGGAGACCACCGGAUGAUACACUCAGCCAGCACCAAGCACCUCAUGGGUGACGGCUUGGAGGAGCUCAACAAAGCCAUGCUGGACAACCUGUCCUUGGUUAUGCUGGGCCCCAAGGGCCCUAGUCCGGAUGCCAGUUGCUGGCGUGAGGACGGCCUCUUUCACUUCUGCUAUGACAUCCUGUUCAAGGCCGGCUACCUGAGCUUGUUUGGCCGCACAGAGGACAAGGAGCAGGACCUGCUGCAGGCGGAGGAGUUAUUCAUGCAGUUCCGCAAGUUCGACCGCAUGUUCCCCAGGUUUGUCUACUCCCUGCUGGGCCCACGAGAGUGGCUGGAAGUGGGCCGGCUCCAGUGUCUCUUCCACAAGAUGCUCUCUGUGGAACACAGCUUGGAGAGGCACGGCAUAAGCAGCUGGAUCACCGAUAUGCUUCAGGUUCUGAGGGAGCAGGGAGUAGCCCCAGCCAUGCAGGACAAGUUCAACUUCAUGAUGCUCUGGGCCUCCCAGGGUAACACAGGGCCUACCACUUUCUGGGCCCUCUUGUUCCUCCUGAAGCACCCAGAGGCCAUGCGGGCCGUGAGGGAGGAGGCCACCCGGGUCCUGGGGGAAGCCAGGCUGGAGGACAAGCAGUCCUUCGAUGUAGAGGUCAGUGCACUGAGUCACAUGCCAGUGCUGGACAGCGUGAUGGAGGAGACACUGCGGCUGGGGGCCGCGCCCACCCUCCUCAGGGUGGUGAACAGUGAUCAGAUGCUAAAGAUGGCCAGUGGGCAGGAAUACCGGCUCCGUCAUGGAGACAUCCUGGCCCUCUUCCCUUAUCUCUCGGUGCACAUGGACCCUGACAUCCACCCCGAGCCCACCACCUUCAAGUACGAUCGCUUCCUCACGCCCAGCGGCAGCCGGAAAGUAAACUUCUACAAGGCAGGCAAGAAGAUCCACCACUACACUAUGCCAUGGGGCUCGGGCAUCUCCAUCUGCCCUGGGAGGUUCUUUGCCCUCACCGAGAUGAAGCUCUUUGUGCUGCUCAUGGUCACACACUUUGACCUGGAGCUGGUGGACCCGGACAUGCCUGUGCCACCCGUGGACCCCCAGCGCUGGGGCUUUGGCACCAUGCAGCCCAGCUACGAGGUGUGCUUCCGCUACCGCCUGCGGCCCACAGAGUGA